UCUUUUAGAUUGGCUGUGAUGGUGUAAAUUCUAAAGUUAGACAAACAAUGGGAGUACACUAUUUAAAUUGGAAUUACAAUAGCACAGGUGUCGUAGCUACGCUUAAGUUCUGUGAGGAAUUCGACAAUUCCAUCGCAUGGCAACGUUGGUUGCCUACAGGACCUCUAGCUCUACUCCCGCUCAACAGUUCCCAAAGCUCUAUCGUGUGGUCCACUACACCUGAAGACGCCAAGCGAUUAUUAAAAUUAACUAACGAACAGUUUGUUGAUGCAGUAAACGAAUCUUUUUGGAAAGUUUUUAAACGCAGUAGCACCAUUGAUCAAGCUGUACGGUCGUUUGACACUCUCCUCAGAGCUGUAAAUUGUCCUGCCGAUGUUCAUCGUACCUAUCCUCCAAAAGUUUCCAGUAUAGAAGAAGGAAGCAGAGCUGCUUUUCCGUUAGGGUUUGGCCACGCUACAAGUUAUAUAGGAAAAGGGGUAGUUCUUGUGGGAGAUGCUGCACAUAGAGUACAUCCACUUGCAGGUCAAGGUGUUAAUCUAGGAUUUGGAGAUGUAUCUUGUCUUAACAAGGUUCUGGGCGAUGCAGUUUACUCUGGCAGCUCUUUAGGAAAUGUUAGCUACCUGAAAGAAUACGAAACCAAAAGGCAACGGGAAAAUUUGACUACAAUGGUGGCCCUGGAAGGAAUGUAUAGAUUGUAUCAUACAGAAUUUACUCCCAUAGUUCUUCUCAGAAGUCUUGGUGUGCAAGCUGUCGACGUUUUAAGUCCUCUAAAGAAAAUGAUUGUCAAGCAUGCUUCCUCAUGAAAAAUAUAGCCUUGCUGUGAUUCGAACACAUUUAAUCGCCCAUCUUUUGGUACAGGUAGAAGCUGCAGGUCUGUAUCUAUAAGCAGUAUUUUUGUGUUUAAAUUUUUGUCAUCGUUAAGUAAAUAAAUAUUUUUUUAUUGUUA